AUGACGUCCGCCGUGCCCGCCUCGCAGGUGCGCCAGAACUACCACCAGGACUCGGAGGCCGCCAUCAACCGCCAGAUCAACCUGGAGCUGUACGCCUCCUACGUCUACCUGUCCAUGUCUUACUACUUUGACCGCGAUGAUGUGGCUCUGAAGAACUUUGCCAAAUAUUUCCUUCACCAAUCUCACGAGGAGAGGGAACAUGCCGAGAAGCUGAUGAAGCUGCAGAACCAGCGCGGCGGCCGAAUCUUCCUUCAGGAUAUCAAGAAACCAGACCGUGACGACUGGGAGAACGGGCUGAAUGCAAUGGAGUGUGCUCUGCACUUGGAGAAAAGUGUGAAUCAGUCACUACUGGACCUGCACAAGCUGGCCACUGACAAAAAUGACCCCCACUUGUGUGACUUCCUGGAGACGCACUACCUGACGGAGCAGGUGAAAUCCAUCAAAGAACUGGGUGACCACGUAACCAACUUGCGCAGGAUGGGGGCCCCCGAAGCUGGCAUGGCCGAGUAUCUCUUUGACAAGCACACCCUGGGCAGCUGUGAUGAGAGCUAA